GUUUGAGUUUCUUUUGGAAGGGAUUGGGGGGGCAAAAAUGUAUUUUCCUUUGAGUCUGUAACUGCAGAGAAAAUAAAAGACUGAUAAACAAGAGAAAGCAGCAGAGUAGAGAGAGAAUAGAAGAGGAGAGAGAAGUAACCUUAUCCAUUACAGCCCCUUUAUAAAAUCAGAUCAAAAACCUCCAUUUUCUGAGUAUCAAUUCAACAAAAGCAAAAUUCUCUCUCCAUAACUUUAUUCCUUCAACAAAAAAAACACGCAGUCAAAAAGAAAAAAAGAGGAGAGAUUGAGCGGAGGAAGAAGGUGAAAAAGGAAUUUGUUCAGAAAUUUCUGAGGUUUGCGUUAAUGGCGGCAUCGAAGAGCUACUUCGCCAGAUCGAACUACAGGUUCCUCCCUACCGAUCGCGCCGUCGCCGCCGAUUCGGUGAUCUUCGAGCUCGACGAGUCCGACAUCUGGAACUCGGUUCCCCGAUCGCAGUCGCCUGAUUUCCGCAAGGCGAGCGCUAGAAUCGCCAGGAAACCGUCGUCCGCGGCGGCGGCGGCGGCGAGCGGACGAGUCGACGGCGCUGGUUCGCUGCCGGUGAACGUUCCUGACUGGUCUAAAAUACUGAAGGAGGAGUACAGGGAGAAUCGCCGGACGGAGAUCGACGACGAUUACGAGGAGGAAGACGGCGGCGGGAUCCGUAUUCCGCCGCACGAGUUUCUGGCGCGGCAAAUGGCGAGGACUAGGAUCGCCUCCUUCUCGGUGCACGAAGGGAGAGGGAGGACGCUCAAGGGGAGAGAUCUGAGUAGGGUUAGAGGCUCGAUUUGGCAGAAAACUGGUUUCGAGGAUUGAUUGAUUUUUUAUUUUAUUUUUUUAUUUUCCGCUUUAAUUUUUGAUUAACUGUGAGAUUUUAUUUUUCUUUUUGGCAAAAAAAAAAAAAAGAAAAGAAAAAAGCCUCAUUUUUUGACCAUGGAUUGUUGUUGAGGCUGAGAUUUGAGGUCUGGAAAUUGGUGUUUGGUAGAGAUGAUGUAAUACUCCAAAAUUUUGAAAGUGGAAAAUUGCAGAAAGUUGAAUUCAAAUUAAUUUGUUUUU